CGCGCAGGGACUGAGAUCGAGCUGGAGGCGAUGGCGCAAGCACGCGUUGCGAAGCGCGCGCUGGGAUUUUCGAGGAUUGCGGCCCAGACGAGGAGCUUCGUCAAGAGUCGCCAUGCCGUGUCGUCGGAGCUUCUGAGCGCUAGAGAGAUCGACUGGAGGCCGGAGGGGAAGAGAAUGUUUCCCAGCAAGGAAGCUCUGGCGCUGGUGACCGAGAUCAAGCGAGCGGCCAGGGGCAAGAAGGACGUGGAGCGGCUGCUCAAGGAUCGCUCUGCCAGAAUGAUGCGCUACGAUUACUUGAUCGUUCUUCUCACACUCAAAGACCAGGACCAAGUCGAUAGAGUUCUCGAGAUAUUCGAUGUCAUACGAGAAGAGAUGUGGUACAAACCAAGCGCGCAGCUCUUUCAAUCGAUCAUGGAGUUCGUGAUCAAACACGACAGGAUCGAAGACUGGAAGAGGCUGCUCAAGAACUUACACGACGAGAAGCUCGAGCCUUCGGAGGAGAUGCUCGUUUUUCCAGUGAGGAAGUUUGCAAGCCUGGCGAACUUUGCCAAGUGCAUGGAGAUCUACGAGGCGAUCAAGGCAAUCGGGUGUAAGGUUUGCCCGAAUUUCUACGCGUUUCUCAUCGCCAAGCUCACCAGCGCCGGGGAGCUCGAGCGAGCCGAGAUUCUUCUCAAGGACCUCGAAGCCAGGCACAAGGUUUAGGGUUCUUCAGAUGAUUUCUGGGAGAGGUGCGUGCUCAUCUCUUUUUGUUGGAGUGAAAGCUGAUAUCCAAAUGCAGGAUGUGGGUCGCUCGCCCGGAGAGCUCUCGAAGCACAGCUCCAAAAGAUACGUCUUUUCCACCGGGCAGCUCCUCUCCUAGGAUCGAGG